GUGUGAGUGUGGCUGGCGGUGCGAGCGCGCGCGCCGCCAGUCGGAGCGGGGCCGAGCACGAGAGCGGAGCCUGAUCCUGCUGCUGCUGCUCUUGCUGCUGCGGCUGCACUGUGCUGCGCUCCCUGCAGCUGGACACGCCGGGAAGCGGGGCUCGGGACACUACUUUGCAGGGCCCAGGAGGGGAAGCGAUGCCAGUCCUAAGUGAAAAUGUUCUUUUUGGAAUGGGAAAUCCUCUUCUCGACAUAUCCGCCGUGGUGGACAAGGAUUUCCUGGAUAGGUAUGGCCUGAAGCCCAAUGAUCAAAUUUUGGCUGAGGACAAACACAAGGAACUGUUUGAAGAACUUGUGAAAAAGUUUAAAGUUGAAUAUCAUGCUGGUGGAUCUACUCAGAAUUCCAUUAAAGUUGCCCAGUGGAUGAUUCAGAAACCACACAAGGCGGCAACCUUCUUUGGCUGCAUCGGGACCGAUAAGUUUGGGGAGAUCCUGAAGAAGAAAACCGCUGAAGUCCAUGUGGAUGCCCAUUAUUAUGAACAGAGUGAGCAACCAACAGGAACUUGCGCUGUCUGCAUCACCAGCGACAAUCGGUCCUUGGUGGCCAAUCUUGCUGCUGCCAAUUGUUAUAAAAAGGAAAAACAUCUUGAUUUGGAGAAGAACUGGAAGUUGGUAGAGAAAGCCAACGUUUAUUAUAUAGCAGGCUUUUUCCUUACUGUUUCACCAGAAGCAAUAUUGAAAGUGGCUAACCAUGCUGCCGAAAACAACAAGCUCUUCACUUUGAAUCUUUCUGCUCCGUUUAUUAGCCAGUUCUUCAAGGAGCCCAUGAUGAAAGUGUUCCCUUACAUUGACAUCCUUUUUGGAAAUGAGACGGAAGCUGCCACUUUUGCUAGAGAGCAAGGCUUUGAGACUGAAGACAUUAAAGAGAUAGCCCGGAAAGCCCAAGCCCUGCCAAAGGUGAACUCAAAAAAGCAGCGAAUUGUAAUCUUCACUCAAGGGAAAAAUGACACUGUAGUGGCUACAGCCAAUGAAGUAAACACUUUCCCAGUCUUGGAUCAGGACCAGAGUGAAAUCGUUGACACCAAUGGAGCUGGAGAUGCCUUUGUUGGAGGUUUUUUGUCCCAGUUGGUUUACGACCGUCCCCUGAUCCAGUGCAUCCGGGCCGGCCACUACGCUGCCAGUGUCAUCAUUAAACGCUCUGGCUGCACCUUCCCGGAGAAACCAGACUUUCACUGAGAGAGUCAGAGAGAAAACCCUGUGUGAACAGAUUGCUGCCUAAAUCAAUUCCUGCCAGUUAUUUACACUGAGGCUUCCAUACCCAUGCUCAUUUAAUUAUAGGAAAGAAAAAAUACAUCUGCAACCUUUUCCUACUCUGGUGAUAUUCUUCUUAAUUUAAAGGAAACAAUACUAAAUAGACCACUUAUUCUCUCAUCAACCUGAAAAGGUGUUAUUAUUUACACCACUUACAAUAGUUACAAUUGUCCCCAUUUAAAUGCAGUUGAUUCACAGUGUUGAUUUCAUUUCUGUAGCAACCCUUUAGCCAGGCAGGCCAAUUAAUUUGUAAAUUCAUACGCAUCUAUUCAACUGACUGAUUAAAAAAAUUAAAAAAAACCUUGCUUUGGAUACAGAGACAAUUUAAUGAUUUAACAGUUAUGAAUAUGUCUAUUAAUUCUAACUUCAAUUUAAGAUUUUUAUAUGAUAUAUUUAAUUUAGGUGCAUAUAUAUAUAUGUUUUAUAUAUAUAUAUAUAAAAGAAGGUACAGAAAUAUUUAUGCUAAACAUCUUGCCGAGGUAUGCCAAAUAAUUUCAAUGCACACGUAAAACCUGUAGUAUGUUUUGGAUAAUUAAACAACUUGCCAAGUUUUAGGUUGUAUUACAGUAUUCAAGACUGAAUCCGACAUUUCCUUAUGGUACUAUGUAAUUUGUUACUGGAAAUAAAAUAUUGUCAUACAGGAA